CAUACAUCGUUAGGAAUACUGUGGUGGGCUGGAGGUGCUGUCGGUGUUUAUCUUUCCAGGAAUGGCAAAAGAAAUAUAAUGCCAGUUUUUGUAAUUUUAUUUACCGGUUAUGCUAUGGGUUCGCAUGCCCAGGCUUCUGAAAUAUCCACAAAGAUUCAUUCAAUGUUCGGUUAUGUGCUCAUGGGUGCUAGUUUAGCAAGACUAGUUGAAAUUUGUAUUUUCUCUGAAAAAACUUUGGUUCCUUUCAAUUAUGUGUGUCCUUAUGUAAGCCUUCUUUUCAUGGGUGCAACUCUUGAACAAAUUGCAUUGCUAACACAACUCGGCAUUGAUCCAUUCUCAUAUGCAUUGGUUCUUGCGAGCACUGCAUUUUUAAUAUUCCUUUUCACAAACUGCUUAGUAGAUUUAUAUUGGAAAUCUGGUCAAAACGAUGGUGAACCAAUUGAUAAUAACAACAUAAUGACUCAUAUUCCGUUACCCUUAACAGAUCCACAUCUUUCAAGUUCAAAUUCUGAAGAUGAUCAUGAUGUACUAUUUCAACGUGCUAAAUCUAACGAUGAUGAUUACGAGUUACAUAAUUUUGUCCGAAAUUCAAGUUUUGAUUUAGUUGCG